AUGAUCCCCGCCGCGCCAGUCACCCCUCCGCACGCUCCCCCCGUCCCCUGCUCCCCGUGCCUUGUCGCAUCCAUCGCAGCACACGCGUACUCCAUCUCGUUCCCUCUCCCUACCCUCAACCCCCUCCCCGCAACCCUCAGUCUCUCUACCCCUUACCCUCAACCACCCCCCUAUACCCUCCACUCCCCUGUUCGCGAUCCCGAUCUCUCUCCCCAUCGCCCGCUCGCUGCCCCGUGCUCCUGUGCGUGCUUUGAGGCGCCUCACACCACUCUCUUUCCCUGGCCCGUCACUCCCCAGCUCGUCACACCCCCUCCUCGUCAAGCCCCCCCUCUCCCCCCUCCCCCCCCGGCACGUCACACACCCCGCGCGUCACACCCCCCGCCAUCCGCACUAUUUGCGCCAGGCCCCGCCCCUCUCGCCUCUCGCUUCUCGUCCCUCCCCACUCCUCCCCUCCGCACUCUCCGUACUCCUGUUCUUUCCUCGUUACAUCAUUACUCAUACGUUCCUUCCCCCCAUGCUUCCCCAGUUUGCUCCCUCCUCUCGCCUGUCCGCGCCCCCCCACUUCCCUCCGCUACUCCCCUCUGCUCCUCCCCUUUUUUCUACCUCCCCCCAUCCCCUCUCCCUCUCCCCACUCCCUCCAAUCCUCAUGGCUCAGCUGCUGAGGCUGCUAAUAAGUCGGCUGUGCUUGCAUCAACGCCUGUGGAAGGGAGGGAGGCGGACAAUGAAGGGGCGGAAGAAGAAGGGGUUCAGCAGGUGACGGAGAGCAGGCGAGUGCAGAAGAGGGCUGCCAAGCAGACGAGGCUCAUGGACAAUUUGAGGCGAACUCAGACUCUCAUUGCUGCUGCGAGGGGAGACUCAAAGACCAAGAAGGCAUCUAAGAAGAAGAAGAAGGGAGCAGUGUCCAAUUUGCCAACGAGCCUCACACUGGACACACUCGCAUCAUCGCUGGGGGACGCCCUGCCGGACGCACUGGCUCUGGGCAAGGAGGGGGAGAAGCGGCUGUCAGCGAAGCAGCGCGGGAAGAUUGUAGUCGAAGAGACCAAGCAAAUGGCGGCCGUGCUGUCACACCCCGCCUUCAAAGCCAACCCCUUCACAGCCAUUCAGCAGCACCUCUCAAACACUCUUCCCUCGGCAGUCGCCCCGCCCCCUCUCCCUACCAAGUUCGCAACGAGGCAAGCCCAACAAGCCUUGGAGAAGAAGAAAAAGAAGAAGGCGAAGAAGAAAGCAAGCGGAGUGCAGGGGGAAGAUGCCAUGGAGAUGUGA